AUUCUGAACAUUUGUCUUCUCCAGAGCAACACGAACUCUUCACAAUCAACUAGUACGGCAAAUAUCUAUUUGGAGUAACCUUUUACAACGCCUGUUCCUUGCAAUAUACCUCGAUGUCUCCACUGCCUUUCAGCAUCACGUCCAAUCGCAACGAUUUCGACAUGGACCGUCUGCACGCGGCGUCUUCACUCCUGUCCCUUGGGAGCAAGGGUGACCUAUCACCGAUCACCAUUGAGACUCAAGAACCCGACUUCAACAAGGCCAUCGCCUCCGUCAUCUGGUCUCGACAUCGCCACGAAACUCCGUCGACUAUCUUCAAAUGUGGCGUUCCGAACUGUCCGCUGUGUCCUGCUGGAGAUGCUUGUAGCACUCGUCUAUCUGGACAGGAAUGCAUUCAGCGUAGUGACCAAGUAACAUCGAAGUCGUCUCGUCGAACAUCCGUUGUCAACUGGCUGAUUUCGUCGUCCUCACCGUCAACCGCUCCACGUAGCGGUAACGUUAGCUACGGUCAUGUGCGUACGAACUCUCAACCACUACCACCUUAUCUUGCCUCUUCCCAGCGAUCAUGGCCCGCUCCGGCAUCACUUACCGGCUCGGCCUACUCGAACUCCGAUACCGAAGGCUCGCGAUCUUCUCCGGGUAGCUCCACCUCGUCUCCUUCAUACUAUCACGAGCUCACCGAGACGCUCCGACGUUCGGACAUAUCCGCGAUGCCUACGAAGCGUCAACGAUUGGAUGAGACUUCACCGAACACUUCAUCGAACUUCACCGUUGAACGUCAGCUGCCUUUUUCCUGUAAGUUCUGUCCCAAGCGAUUCACUCAGGCCUCAAACUGUUCGUCCCAUCAGCGAACCCACACAGGAGCUCGUCCCUUCCAAUGUCCGUCCUGUCCCAAAGCCUUCGCUCAGAGAACGUCUCUUCGUACUCAUCUACGCACUCAUACAGGAGAUCGUCCUUACUGCUGCCAGGACUGUCAACAACGAUUCGGGGAUCUGUCGACGUUGACCAAACAUCGUCGUACUCAUACCGGGGAACGUCCCUACCGCUGUCAACAUGAAGGAUGUAAGCGAGCUUUCGCGCAGUCUGGCAACCUGAAGAGACAUUACAAGACACAUCUUCUGGACCGACAGUUGGAAAGGAUCUCAGUCUGA